CCCGUUUUUUAUUGGAUUGGCUGUAAAUCAGACGAUGUGUUCAUCCGAGCACAGGGGGCAAACUCGGAGGGGCCAGGCCACAGAGGCGGGUCUGCAAAACGCAGACCACACCCCACUUCUCGUCGAGCCUCAGAGGCUCUUGAGAAGAAUGUUGCGUGCUCCAUUCACGUCUCGAUCGAUGACGGUGGAGCACUGGUUGCAGUUGAAUGUCUUGGCUGCCCCAAGGUCUCUCUUGAUGAACCCGCAGUGGGUGCAGGUCUUGCUGGUGUACUCUUCACCGACCACCCUGACAAUGGUGCCAUACUCCUGUGCCUUGCAUUGCACUCUGUCCACGAAUCGACAGUGGGACAGCUGGACCAUGCGCUCUCGGUUGCGCUUGCUGAUGUGUCGGAAGCCAUGGCUGUUGAGUCUUGGGAUCAAGAUGAUGUCGUGUUUGGAGCUGAGGGUCAGUGGUCAUCACGUGACUGGAUGGGUAUAUGGACAAGGGGCGCGCUUUUUCGGACAAGGUGGUGUAUAGCCUACACUGUCGGAGGCAGGAAUUGUAAACACGAGGUCCUCGGUUCGAUUCUGGUAAUGCGCGGCGCCCCGACCCCCACUCAACCGAGCCGGGGGUAUGCCAUAAUGGUGGGCCAUUGAGCUACACGUCGUCACGCACAGCCUAAAGAAACAAUAUCACACAAACCCGUUGAGCCGUCCCGCGGGUGGACCAGGUGUCCCCAUAGGGGGAGGAUGCCUGCCGUGAUAGUUG